GCGAAGAGUUAUGUUUAGCCGGAUUAGUAAACGCCGCAAACACAGUACCGAUCCCUCCCAUUCGGUGCGAAGCAUACGACCUCGGUUCGCACUCCGACCGAACGAGCAUCGCGAUCAGUCCAUUUCUAAACUCCGUCGAGUAUUCACCAGCUGUGACACGCGCGCUUGUGGUGUGUCUUUUUAAACAGGCCAUUUCACAUUUUCACACGCAAUGGCCAAGGAGGAAUCAAAGUACGGAUUUAAGGAUAAGGCUAAGGCCGAGGAGUCGCUGGAGCUGCUCAAGAGUGAAGAUCACAAGUACCAGCUGCUGACGGUGCGUGGUCUAAUCGGCCGAGCAAAACGUGUACUAACAUUAACGAAAGCCGAGGAGAAGGUAAACAACAUUAAGGCUGCCAUCGAAACAUUCGAGCAAUGGCUGGAAGCAAACAGCACUUCCAGCACGAAGAACGCUAAACCGAAGGACACGGAAGAUAAAGUUGAAACCGUGCCGGGAUUGGGCUUUAAGGACAAACAAGCCGCUGAGCAAACGCUAAGCAUACUCGAGGGACGUGAUCCCGAUUACCAGAAGCUAGCCAUUAAAGGACUGAUCGGCAGUGCUAAGCGCGUCAUUCCUGCAACCAAGAAUGAGGAUAAACUUAAAUCGAUCAAGCAGGCGGUGGCACUGUUCGAAGACUUUCUCGAUCGGUUCGAUCGUGAGGAGCGUGGAAAGCAAAACCUGCCCUACCUUUCGAUCGAUCUUAUUCGCCAACUGCCAACACCGGAACAGUCCGAUAAACUGGCUGUGGAAUUUCUCCAAUGCUACGAAACACAGGCGAAGGGCAACUACAAACAUCUUCGCACCAAGGCACCCAACAAGGAAGGCUCUAAAACGUGGGAUAUCGUUCGUAACAGUCAUCUGAAGGAGCUCAAACCGAAGGAUAGCAGUGUGAAGCUGUUCGAUCAGGACGGUAAACCGACCGAGGUGCAUUUGAAAAUGAUCCAAUGGGCGUUCAGCCCACAGGUAGAGAAGCUCAAGAGUUAUGUGAACAGUGCGGGAAGUAAAGAUAAAUCAUCCCCCCAACCGUCCAGUGCCCGUAAACGCACACACUCGUCUUCGUCCUCUGGUGAGGAAAGGGUGCGAAAGGAAAGCAAGAAGGAUGCUAGUGGUCAGAAGAAAUCGAAGAAAUAAACAAGCUUUUUAAAAGGUAACGUUUGAGAUUGAUCGUGAUAAAAUAGGUUAUUGUUACUGUAGGAGUUGUAAAAUUUUGAAGGUUCAAUACUAAACAAAACGCUUAAAGAAUUGCAUACUUUCACAGUAUAAAUUUGUACCCCUACAAGUAUGCAAUUUUCAGUUUACUAGUACUUGUAGCUUGUUGCUAUCAAAGGUCGAAAAUGGUGAAUUGGCGAAGCAUUUAUGAUUAACCUGCUAAGGUGGUGUAAGAACAAAAUAGUAGCAAUUUAACGGCAUUAAUAUCGGCCAGUAGACACCCCGAAAGGGUGUAACAAACGAUUUUUAAAUAAUUUGCAAACCUUCAGGCACAUGCUGAGUGAUGAUUAGUAUACGCGCCCAAAAGUAUGCAAAUAUUUUAUUUUUAAAUAACCGGAAACUCUUUCAUGACCUGGAACAGCGAUCGGUUAAUUUUUUUUAGAAAGGGAAAGGGAAAAUAGGUUAUUGUUACUGUAGAAGUUAUAAAAUUUUGAAGUUUAAAUACUAAACAAAACGUUUAAAGAAUUGCAUAAUUUCACAGUAUAAAUUUGUGCCCCUACAAGUAUGCAA